AUGACCAUACGUUGGCGCUCUGCCCUCUUGACAGUCCUCGCGCUCUCAGGCAUCAUCAGUGCCGCGAAUAUCACGUCAAGCACGACCUGUGACGCACAGUGUCAGUCACUCAGCGCGACCGCUUCAUCCUGGGAGUCCGACCAACAUGCCGACCCAGACUACUCAUUCUACACCAUCCCUUCCAACUUUUCAGCAAACCUCGCACCAGGUAGUCUACUUCACGUCGAAGAAGCAACAAAUCUAUCGGUGUACAGUGUCCCCAGUGGCCUUUCCAUGUCCCGGAUCAUAUACACCACCACCGACCAGAAUGGGACGAUACUCCCGGCUUCGGCGUACGUUCUCUGGCCUUACGCGCCGCUUGCCGCUCCUGGCAUCCAAGACACCCAGUAUCCUCUGGUCGCUUGGGCCCACGGCACCUCUGGCGUUCUGAAGGCUUGUGCCCCCAGCAACUAUCGCAACCUACAGUACCACUUCAUGGUGCCUUUCCUUCUCGCGUUACAAGGCAUGGCCGUCGUGGCCCCCGACUAUGCUGGACUCGGUUUCGACUCGUUGCCGUCUGGCAAACCUAUCGGGCACCCUUGGUUGAACGGACCGGCUCAAGCCAUGAAUCUGGCGGAUGCCAUCACCGCCGUUCGCAAAGCUUUCCCCACUGAACUUCCACCCACGGGCCCAUUUGUCGCCAUGGGACAUUCUCAAGGUGGAGGAGCCGCCUGGUCAUUUGCCGAACAACUGGUCAUGAAGCCAAUUCCUGGAUAUCAGGGUACGGUGGCCAUCGCUCCUCCCACACGUACGUUCGAUCUAUUAGCGCAGGCCAUGUUGAACAGCACCCAACCUUGGGCUCAGACACUUCUCAGUCAGCAACCUUCCCUCGUCCACGCCGUCACGGCCGUAUUUCCCGCUUAUAACGAUUCCGGGAUGACCCCGCUGGCCUACGAUAGAUUCCAUAACGUGCUGGAGCCGCUUCAAGGUUGUCUCCCUACGGUCAGCGAGGUCUUUGCGGAUGUGCCGCUGAACCAACUCACGCGCGCGGGGUGGAACAAUGACAGCUCGGUUGAGAGGUAUGCAGCCAUGUCCGAAACUGGACGCAAGAAGUUCAAGGGUCCGUUGCUGGUGCUUGCUGGUGAAGAUGAUCUGGUCGUGCCGUUGUUCACGGUCGACUCUGCAGUAAACGACACUUGUACAAUGCUCUCGCAGCAGAAAUGGAAUGAAUCUUUGCAAAUGGUCACGUACUCGGCCAUGAACCACUUCCCCACCAUCCAAGCCAGCGAGAUGAGAUGGUUGACAUGGGUCAAGGACCGAUUUGCCGGCAAGCAGAUUCCCUCCAGUGGGUGUGUGAGGAACUCGGUCAAGGGACUCAAGACCGACUCUACAUAUCAAUCACUCGGUCCAAACUUCCUGGAACUGUGGGCAAGUCCUAAUGAGGCAUGGAAACUUGCGUUGUGA